CCCCAGAGUGUGGCAGCGCUCCGCCAUAUUGACUGUUGUCUUGACUGGAGAAGAUAAGGUGACCAUUUCUGAUCCAAGAACAAAUCGAAACCGUGCUUUUUAACAUCUCUAAACUAGUGCUACCUUGACCAAAGGAUAUAUCCGAGAACUGCGUGAUGGCGAGGAAGAAAAACAAACAACAAGGAGUCGGGAGCAAGGAGCUGGUGUCCGGACAACAGAGCAUAUCGAAGAGCCCCGUCUCUCCCGGAGAUGCAGCUGGCGGGGAUGCAGGGCUGGAUAGACUGGCGGCCAGGGCGAACCAGCCAAUGCACACCUGCUGCCUCCUGUGUCACCGUGAGUUUAAGGACUGGGGGGCGAGCUCUGCCAACGGUCUGCCUGGGGGCCACGGGGCGAAGCUAGCUACCGCUGUCCCAGCCCUGUCCCAGGCCCUGCUCAGAGAGGUGCCCGGCCAGAAGCUGUCCGACACCGUGCCUUCGCUAAGCCAGUCUCUACUGGGAGAGGUGCCACUCUGGAUCUGCCAGAGCUGUCGGAAGAGCGUUGAGGAGGAGGAGAGACGGAGCGCACAGGAAACGGCUGCACCGGUUCCGUUGUCCCACUCUUCGUCGUGUAGGGCUCAGAGCUGUAGUGAAGGUUACCCAGAGCAGAGCUCGGUAGACUGGGACCCAUCCUCCUUCCUCUCAGCCCACAAGCUUUCUGGUCUCUGGAACUCGGCUCACAGCAACGGAGGGAUCCACUGCAACCACAGCACUGCCUCGCACGCACAGCAAGGAACAGGGGGACCAGCGUGUCAUGAGAAGCGAGUCUCUCACGAGGCUCCUGGGAAAUCUGCUAAAACGCCUGGGGCCAAAGUGUGCCCCUACAGUCACCCUUCCCAGAAUUCCAGUGGUUCUUCCCCCGGGAACCCGCUCUCUACCUCCGGGGACCUCUGUAAGACCACCCCAAAGCACUUCAAGACCAUGUGCCGACGACCAACACCGCCUGGGGAAGCAUUCCACCCCAGCGACCACCACCAACACUCAGACCUGUCUGUCCCCCCCAACAGCCCCACUGGCCUCUCCUCCUCCUCUCAGCAUUCCUCUCUCCUGCCCCUCAAGCAGAGCUCCGGAGGGCAGCAGCACGGCCAUGUCACAUCCUCCUCUCCCGGUCUAGCUGCUCACGCCCCCUUCUCCCCGCUGGUACCAAACCUCCACGUCCCCUCGGCAGGGGCCAAGCUGGGGGCCCUGGGUGGCCCUGACUGCUCAGCAGGGGCCAAGCUGGGGGCCCUGGGUGGCCCUGACUGCCCAACAGGGGCCAAGCUGGGGGCCCUGGGUGGCCCUGACUGCUCAGCAGGGGCCAAGCUGGGGGCCCUGGGUGGCCCUGACUGCCCAACAGGGGCCAAGCUGGGGGCCCUGGGUGGCCCUGACUGCUCAGCAGGGGCCAAGCUGGGGGCCCUGGGUGGCCCUGACUGCUCAGCAGGGGCCAAGCUGGGGGCCCUGGGUGGCCCUGACUGCUCAGCAGGGGCCAAGCUGGGGGCCCUGGGUGGCCCUGACUGCCCAACAGGGGCCAAGCUGGGGGCCCUGGGUGGCCCUGACUGCUCAGCAGGGGCCAAGCUGGGGGCCCUGAGUGGCCCUGACUGCUCAGCAGCGGCCCUCCAUAAGCCCUUGGCAUGUAAGAACUCACACAUUCCUCCUGUGAACAGCCAGCACAGCAAACUGGGCCCCUCCCUGAUGGGCUGUAACCACCCCUGUAAUGGCCACAGUGGGGGGGCGCUGCCCUCUUCCAACGUGGGACACCUGACCGCUGGGCAACACCUGACCGCUGGGCAACACCUGACCGCUGGGCAACACCUGACCGCUGGGCAACACCUGACCGCAGGGCAACACCUGACCGCUGGGCAACACCUGACCGCUGGGCAACACCUGACCGCUGGGCAACACCUGACCGCUGGGCAACACCUGACCGCUGGGCAACACCUGACCGCUGGGCAACACCUGACCGCAGGGCAACACCUGACCGCUGGGCAACACCUGACCGCUGGGCAACACCUGACCGCUGGGCAACACCUGACCGCAGGCGCCUGCAGGGACCAGGCGUGUAAAGGACAUAAGCUGUCUAACGGGGCGGGGGGGUUGUGUCACCCCCCUUCGGAGCUGGAGGAGGGAGAGGACGAGGACUCUAGUUCUGAGAGGAGCUCCUGUGCUUCCUCCUCAAACAACCAGAAGGAUGGGAAGUACUGUGACUGCUGCUACUGUGAGUUCUUCGGACACAACGCGCCCCCGGCGGCUCCGACCAGCCGUAACUACACAGAGAUCCGAGAGAAGCUCCGGUCCCGUCUGACGCGUCGUAAGGAGGAGUGUCUACCCCAGAGACGGGACUCUGACCCGGCCGUGUCCACCUCCAUCGACCACCGAGACGUGGAUGAGCUGCUGGACUUCAUCAACUCCUCAGAGCACAAACCAGCCAACAGCGCUAAAGCUGCCAAGCGGGCACGUCAUAAACAGAAGAAGAAGGAGAAGCAGACCCAGGCGGGUAGUGGUGAUGGUGAGGGAGCUGGUAGCGACCCCCCCUCCACCCCUCCAGAGCCCAGUGAGGACCCAGACCACCUCAGCCUGGAGGAGGAGGAGGAGGAUGUGGAGUACGGUGAGGGCCCGGAGGCUAGUCGGCUGCUGGAGUGGCCCCAACUGGAACUAGAAAGGGUCAACUCCUUCCUGACUUCUCGGCUAGAGGAGAUCAAGAACACCAUCAAGGACUCUAUCCGUGCGUCGUUCUCCAUGUACGACCUCAACCUAGAUGUGAAUGACUUCCCGAAGAAGGCUGCUACUCUGGAGGGCAACCAUCUUCUCUCCCACCUCAACGGCUCCUCCUGCUCUGACCUGCAGCAGAUAGACCUCGACCUGGCCCCUCUCUCCCUGGGUACCUUCAAGAGCCAUCUGGACCUGGUCAGCGGCUGGGAGGAGGCCCAUCCCCGGGACAACUCCCCCAUCGGCCCCAUCUCAACCCCUGCUAGUACUACUGUACCUGGGGUAGGGGGACCAGGGGUUGGUACUGGGGGGAAGGAUGUUCACAGGCUCCACGCCACCCCCAGCCUCUCCAAGCUGAUCCGGGUGCGCUCCCCAGAGAGGUGCCCCUCUGCUAGGCCUGAGAAUAAACACCAGGCCCCUGCUUCGAUCCAGACCCAGGCCUCUAUUAAGGUAGCUAAGCCUAAAGAGGAGACCCCAGCGGAGCCCAAGAACAUUACAACUCCUACUCCUGGGGCUGGCAAGCUGAAGAAGGGCAAGAAGCAGCAACGUCAGGACCAGCUGCCUCCAGAACAGAACCAGAUCAGACCCGGAUCCAAAGCAGCUGUGGAGUCGCAGAAAACUGGUUUCAGCAGUUCUGAUGCUGUGGGUUCUAAGGCUGGUUCUGGUUCCAAACCACCACCGCACUCAGCUGAGAGCCAGAGAACCGGGGCAAGGAGGGCGGAGGAGACCAGACCCACCCGGCAGCAGGCCACCAACGGGACAGCGAGUAGCUCCGGUGCUCCCAGCACCCAAAGAGGGAAGGGGGAGGAGCAAGAGGCCAAAGGUCACUCUGUCACCUCAACCAAUCACAACCAAGCCCAGCAGCAGCAGCAACCCAAGGGGAAGAAUAAGAAGAACAAGAACAAGGGAGAGAAAACCAGCCGCAACAUCGACGAUGUGUUUCUCCCUAAAGACGUGGACCCAAAAGAAAUGGAUGAGAUUGAUCGUGAGGUGGAAUACUUCAAAAGGUUUUGCCUUGACUCUGCUAAACAGACCCGCCAGAAGGUUGCAGUAAACUGGUCCAACUUUACCCUCAAAUAGGUUCCUUCCAACGCAGCCCAGUAACUGACGGGUUCUAGAAUGCAGAACCCCUCCCCCCAACGUGACUAUGUCCAUACAACCCCGACGGCCUGAGGCCUUCUCUCAUUCCCACUCUUCCUCUUCUUCCUCACCAAGCCAAGGAACCCUGGUGCAACACCAUUUUCCAUUGGUCAGGACUGCGAUGCUAUUGGCUGACAGCCAGGGAUCAUUCACACACACGGGCCCGACUGAGGACUCGAUUCUGCUGUUUCACAACGAGGGAGUUGAGAGAUCCAGGUUGAGACACAGACGGGUGUUGGUUCUCCGUCUGUCAGAUCAGAUCUACUGUGUACUUAACUAUGUAGUAUGGAAAACAGUUACCUUUUUACAAUAAAAAUGUAUUUUUAUUGUAAUUGUGGGACAUUUUAACAUUGUAGAAACCUUCUUGGAUUGUUAUUGGUUGGUUCUAUUUGGUGCUUCUGUUCUCUAAAGGUACUGACCCACGACCCACAAUGAACUUUUACUGUCUUUAGUUUAGGGUAAUCUCCCCCAUCUCUCCCUCAACACACAGCGCUCUGUUUAUUGGCACUCUUUUAGAUAAUCAAUUAUCUCUAAAGGAUUUUACGUUGAUUUUACGUUGAUUUCACGUUGAUUUUAAAUUCAAUGUUGAUCUUACGUUGAUUUUAAGAUCAGAAUAGGUCUUAUGGUUUGGAGGAUGUCAUGUUAACGCACAUUAUACUGUCAUAGACACCCCCAUGUGUGGAUACCCCCUGUCAUGGACACCAUGUGUGGACACCCCCUGUCAUGGACACCAUUUGUGGGUUGGUUAUCUAUACUGUCAUGGACACCCCCAUGUGUGGAUACCCCCUGUCAUGGACACCAUGUGUGGGUUGGUUAUCUAUACUGGCAUGGACACCCCCAUGUGUGGAUCCCCCCCCAUGUGUGGACACCCCCUGUCAUGGACACCAUGUGUGGGUUGGUUAUCUAUACUGUCAUGGACACCAUGUGUGGGUUGGCUAUCUAUACUGUCAUAGGUGGGUAGGUUAUCUAUACUGUCAUAGACACCCCCAUGUGUGGACACCCCCUGUCAUGGACACCAUGUGUGGGUUGGUUAUCUAUACUGUCAUGGACACCAUGUGUGGGUUGGUUAUCUAUACUGUCAUAGACACCAUGUGUGGGUUGGUUAUCUAUACUGUCAUAGACACCAGGUGUGGGUUGGUUAUCUAUACUGUCAUAGACACCACGUGUGGGUUGGUUAUCUAUACUGUCAUAGACACCAUGUGUAGGUUGGUUAUCUAUACUGUCAUAGACACCACGUGUGGGUUGGUUAUCUAUACUGUCAUAGACACCAUGUGUAGGUUGGUUAUCUAUACUGUCAUAGACACCAUGUGUGGGUUGGUUAUCUAUACUGUCAUAGACACCAUGUGUGGGUUGGUUAUCUAUACUGUCAUAGACACCACGUGUGGGUUGGUUAUCUAUACUGUCAUAGACACCAUGUGUGGGUUGGUUAUCUAUCCUGGUAUUGUGCUCUCAUGACCCCGAAUCGUACUGCUCUGAUUGUGCCAACGUGACCCCUCAUUAUGACAACACAGGCUGAACCAACACUGUUCAUUCAUUUAAUGGUUUGUAGCUUCAACAUCAAGUCUGAGUUCAAGAUUGUGCCCUAUUCGCUAUGUAGUGCACUCCUUUAGACCAGGACCCCGGAAGGGCUAUAGUGAAAAGUAGUGCACUAUAUAGGGAAUAGGGUGCAACCAUAGAGUCCCAUUGAGUAAGUCAUUAUGGUGUAGUUUAUCAAUGUUCAAUAUCAAUGUUCCUCAAACUGUAGGAGUCAACGACAGUGGAUGACACAGACCAAUAGAUUCAUUACCCCUCUUGUACAAUGCUAUUAUUUUUGUAUGAAAUUGUGUUUAAACAAAAAUGAACGUUUGGAAAGUAAUCAACGACACUAAUAUAAACUCGAUCUUUUUUUUUUAAAUAAAUAAAUAAACAAAAUAUUUAUCUGGUUACUGCGUUUAACACUUGGAAUCACAUCUUCACAAGAUGUGGUUAAAUGAAACCAGAUUGAUUUCUCCCCUGUAUAUUCUAUAUAAGUCAUGGUUAUCUUCAGUGGUCAGCCUCCCCAUGUUCUGAUAUCGAGCCAUGCUCCAUACUUCUCUUUAUGCUUCAAAGUUACAUCUCCCAUUGGUUGUUGAUGUAACUGCUAUCAGAGCUGAUAUCUCCCAUUGGUUGUUGAAGUAACUGCUAAUCAGAGCUGAUAUCUCCCAUUGGUUGUUGAUGUAACUGCUAAUCAGAGCUGAUAUCUCCCAUUGGUUGUUGAUGUAACUGCUAUCAGAGCUGAUAUCUCCCAUUGGUUGUUGAAGUAACUGCUAAUCAGAGCUGAUAUCUCCCAUUGGUUGUUGAUGUAACUGCUAAUCAGAGCUGAUAUCUCCCAUUGGUUGUUGAUGUAACUGCUAAUCAGAGCUGAUAUCUCCCAUUGGUUGUUGAUAUAACUGCUAAUCAGAGCUGAUAUCUCCCAUUGGUUGUUGAUGUAACUGCUAAUCAGAGCUGAUAUCUCCCAUUGGUUGUUGAUGUAACUGCUAAUCAGAGCUGAUAUCUCCCAUUGGUUGUUGAUGUAACUGCUAAUCAGAGCUGAUAUCUCCCAUCGGUUGUUGAUGUAACUGCUAAUCAGAGCUGAUAUCUCCCAUUGGUUGUUGAUGUAACUGCUAAUCAGAGCUGUUCUCAACAGUCUUUGCUUCUCAAACGGCACCCUAUUCCCUAUAUAGUGCACUACCUGUGACCAGGGCCCAUAGGGUAGUGCACUACUUGUGACCAUGGCCCAUAGGGUAGUGUACUAUAUAGGGAAUAGGGUGCUAUUUGGGACGCUACACCAUGGCUGCCUCAUACUGUUUUGAUCUCUCAACUCCUUCACAUCUUCACAUACAGGAUUGUAUUCAUUAGGUAUCCAACGGACGAAAACAGACAAACAAGAAGGACGACUUGUCCAUUUUAACAUUUUUUUUUUUCUUUUCCAGUUGAACAUUUUUUGUACAUAAAAGUGAUUUUGGGGCAUUUUAAACAAGUCCGCAAUGAUAACCUGGUCUCACUGAGGUUUGGUGAGGAUUUCAACCAUGGUACAAAAAUUCACAAUGCUCUCUGACUCUUCUGGGGUCAUACAUCUCAAUAAGAACCUCUGCUGUCACUCAGUAUCUUCUGAGUUCCCUUUUCUGAUCAGAAAAUGAUCAAUAGUUUAAGUGAUGUUUCCAAUAGAAGUGGUGCUUCGAUGAUUCCAAGUUGGUCAUCAAAAAAACAUGUCUCAAGUUUCUGUGAUUUUAUAUUUUAUUUGAUUUUUUCCUUCCAGAAAAUCUGUUUCUGAAAUUUUGUAUCCCAGUUUAUAUUCAACUAGAAGACAUGAUCUGAAAUGUGUGGAAUGUAGAUGUACACUAUACCGUUAAUGUCGGCCUAAGACAAGUUGGCCUUUCUGUUUCGUUUUUUUUAUUAUUAUUCACUUUUGAUACUGUGAAAAUCUUUCGUUCAGAAAGAUUAAAACAUUACAGUUUUGACAAAA